AUGGCAAAAGAUUCGAAGUCCAACCUCGAUCAAACCUACCAAACCUCGAUUUCCAGAAAUAGAAAUACCCAUGCAUUGGGUCACCCAUUAAUCCAACGACCUCUCAUGCCAUUCUAUAUUUAUCCUCUUGAUAGGCAUCAACAACAAUCCUACACUUCGAAACUGAAACAGCUCUCCGACAAUGACGAUUACGAAUUUGGUCGCGAAAUGUUUGCCGAGGAAUCAAUUACGUACGAGCCGAUUGAUUUUCAAAGCGGCGCUGAAUUAUACCAAAUAUUUGCGCCUUUUCGUUCUUUGAUUGAGACCAUAUUGCUUUAUGUUGAAGUUGCAAUAACUAUGCAUCGUGAGGCCGAGCAUAAUCGUCGAAUUUGCAGUGCUCUCUUAAAACGAUUAACUGCAGCAAAAAGUUCUGUAGAAAUGCUGGAGCUUCUAAAAAAUGAAAGAAUUGACUUUUUCACUAAAGAGAAUUACAAUAUUUUUUGGCGAUUCCAGAGGAGUAUAGAGAAAAUUCGCAAUUUCAUGAGAGAUAUCUCGCAAAUAAAAGGAAUUCGCAAAUUCAAACCAAAGUAUCUCGACGGUUAUAAAUCAAUUGAAGAGACUUUUGAAGAGUUGACGACGGAAUUCGAUGGAUAUAUGAAAAGUUUGAAUUUUACGAUUGCACUACCUGAAGACGUUCAGAGUCAAAAAGAUAAAGAUGCAUUAAAGCAAGAUAAAAAAGAGUUGCUUAUUUAUCUCGAAACUAUCCAAGGUGGUAUUACUACUGACAGAAAAGAAAUUUCUGAAAAUAUAGAAGUAGUUUCCACACUUGUAGAAUUGUUUCAACAACAAGCUACGCAAAGUCAUUUUAGUAAAUCGCAACAAAUUUCAGUGCAACAAGUACUCGACGAACCUGAAUUGGAUCUCAAAGACUUUACCGCAGUUCUCUCCAAUAAAAAAAAAGUGCAACGAAGAAAACUUAUUAAAGACCAAAAAGAUGUUGCGUGGCGAGAAAUCGGCUCAAAAACGCUUAAUCCUACGCUUCUUCAUACGCAAGUGAUAAUCUUGAAAAAACUUCAAGACAGCACCAAUAUAAUCAAAUAUCACGGAUUGGCAGAAGAAUCUGGGAAACGAUAUUUAGUCACCGAAUGGGCUGAAUACGGGAAUCUUAAAGAUUUCUACACGCAAAGAGGUCCAAUGGAUUGGAAAAGAAAAUUUGAUUUCGCAAUUGGGAUUUGCCGUGGUCUUAGUUAUUUGAGAGCUGUCGGUAUUAUUCAUUAUGAUAUUCGGCCAGAGAAUAUUUUAAUCACGAGUCAGACGGAAGCAAAAAUUGCAAAUUAUGGAUUUAUGCGUAAUUUUAAUGAGUCAAGUCAAGGUAGCAGCUCUAGUUUUCGAAAUAUGGCACCAGAAAAGUUAAGCAACCCUGCUUACCAAACUGAUUUUAGAUGCGAAAUUUACAGUUUGGGAAUGGUUUUAUGGGAGAUCGCAGAAGAAAGAGUGCCAUUAACUAAUAUUCGUUCAACCCAAGAGUUAAUUGCAAAAGUUGUGAAAGAAAACUACCGCGAGAAACUCAGUCCCAAUAAAGACGUGCCUAAAGAAUGGAAAAAAGUUUACGAAUCUGCAAUCCACAAAGAUCCUGAAUUUCGCCCAACUAUUUCUGAAAUCUUCAAUGCGCUAUUUCCGGUUUGGAGGCGACUUAAAAAAGAAUUAACUUCCACAAAAAAAGAACCAACUAAAGAAGAUGCUGCAGAAUCAACAGAAUCAACAGAGUCAACACCUCCAAAACUAGUUAGCGUUGGAAUGACAGUUUCCGAAGCGAUCGCAGAACAUAAAAAAAAAUCUACGGAUAGGAAAGAAAUAUUUGAAUGUUUUAGCGAAUACAAUGAACUAGGCGACAUUAACGCAAAAUACUGGAAAGGAUAUUAUCUCUAUUACAAUAUUCUGGAAGUGGAUGACGAAAACAAAGAAGAACGAUUGCAAAACGCUGCUUCAUUGUUUCGUGAAGCUGCUGAAUACGAUAUCCCAGAAGCCCAACUUCGAUAUGGCCAUUGUCUUUGGCGUGGUGAUGGCAUUGAGAAAAAUACCGAUGAAGCGAUCAUCUAUUUCCAGAAAGCUGCUGUUAAUGGAAACCAUACUGCAAUGUAUAAUAUCGGAAAUAUUUAUUACAAUGGAAUCGGAGCUGAGAAGGAUGCUGCUAAGGGCGAGUAUUGGCUGAGAAUGGCUGCAUAUUCCGGACAACCCAAAGCUGUCGAGAUGUGUAAAUCGGAAAAUAUUGCGUUGUGA